CUCAGCCAAUGGUGUGCUUUGCAGGAAACGUAACCUCUGACCUCUGGGCUAAUCAGAGACGGUGAACAACUCGCGAGAGGUUAGUUGAAGCUGACUCCGCCAUCUUGGAGAUGGGAGACGGGUGAUGGCUGUGGUCUUUCCGCUAAUGCAAACAACAAAACAAGCACAGUAGUCACUCCCAAGUGUGGCUCUUACCCCUGUAACAGUUCAUGAAAAGCUAUAGAAGAAUCAAGAGUCUCAAAGUCGAGCGCAGCGACACUGAAAGCCCCUUUACUUGCCUUCUAGGGCGGCAGAAGUGAAGUUACUGAGACCCACGAGAAUGGUGCAGUCCUGUUCCGCCUACGGCUGCAAGAACCGAUAUGAUAAGGAUAAGCCUGUUUCUUUCCACAAAUUUCCUCUUACUCGACCCAGUCUUUGUAAACAAUGGGAAGCAGCUGUCAGAAGAAAAAACUUUAAGCCCACCAAGUACAGCAGCAUUUGUUCAGAGCAUUUUACUCCAGACUGCUUUAAGAGGGAAUGCAACAACAAGUUACUGAAAGAGAAUGCUGUACCCACUAUAUUUCUUUGCACUGAGCCACAUGACAAGAAAGAAGAUCUUCUGGAGCCACGAGAACAGCUUCCACCACCUCCUUUAACACCUCCCGUUUCCCAGGUUGAUGCUGCCAUCGGAUUACUAAUGCCUCCUCUUCAGACCCCUGAUAAUCUCUCAGUUUUCUGUGACCACAACUACACUGUGGAGGAUACAAUGCACCAGAGGAAAAGGAUUCAUCAGCUGGAACAGCAAGUUGAAAAGCUGAGGAAGAAGCUCAAGACUGCCCAGCAGCGAUGCAGAAGACAGGAGCGACAGCUUGAGAAAUUAAAAGAGGUGGUGCACUUCCAGAAGGAGAAGGAUGAUGUUCCGGAGAGAGGCUAUGUGAUUCUGCCCAAUGACAUCUUUGAAAUUGUUGAAGUACCAGCAUAAUAAAUAAAAUGUGUAAUUAAAAUGGGGCCAAGACCAUAUAUCCUUUUUUAGCCUAUAUGGGAGUUUUCAUUUGAAAAAUAACACUUGAUUACUUACAUAAAAACAAUUCAGAAUAUUUUUUUAGAAAAAUAAAUUAGCUAUAUACUGUAAAAUUGUAAUUUUUUUGUUUGUAAUUUCAGAGUUUUUACAUUUUAACAAAAUAUUUUAAAAGUUGUUGAAAUAAGCCUCAGACUGCCAUUGUAAGUUGAUUUCAAGAUUGGAGAUUUUUGUUUGUGUAUUUAUAGAAAUAAUGUAAAAAUAAAAGUAGAAUGAGAACAGUGCAGUAAAGAUGACUUGUUAUAAAAUUAAUGCUCUUUAUUAAGAGAACUUAGCUACAUUUUAAAUCAGAAGUAUGGGUCAGAUGAAAGGACAUAACCUCUCAAUACAUAUAUGUACAUACAUAUUUGUAGAGUUAGAAGGUUUAUUUAUCUUUCUGAGGAUCAUUUGUCAAAGAUAAAUUGAUAAGUCAUCAUUUGAAACAAAGAUUUGGCUAUAUUCAGAAAAGAAAAUGAUUCAUUUCAUAUCUAAUCAAUAUGUAACUGUAUAAAAGUGCCCCUACAUUCUCCUCAGCUUUAAAAAAUCAGAUGUAUCCCUCCAGUAAAAGAAACAUUUUUCAAUAAGCAAAAUAAGCACUAUCAUCAUUGAAGUAAAAAUUAGGACCUGAUCCAUGAUAAGCUUUUCUCUCUCAUUGCCCCCUAGCUAAAGGGGUUUCUCAAUUUGUAGUUAUAUCUGCAUUCAUAUCUCUAAUAAAUGUAUUUUGAAUGGAAUUUUAUUUGUAUCAUAAUAUGAUAAUUUUGCAUUUGAAUGGUUGAUUUUGGUUAAGACUUCACAUAAAAAUUAUUUUUUCACUUUAAUGCAGGUUGGAAAUUGUAUCUCAUUUACUUAAAUCACUUAUACUCAAAACCACCCUAAUAUGUAGUGUUUUACUGAAUAUUGAGACUUAAACACUACAGUUUCUGUUCAGAAUGUGUGUUGUAUUCUGACUUGUGAGAAAUUUUACAUAUAUUUGAAAUGAAAAUAUGUUCUGAGUAAAAUAUCGCUAUAGGAAUUAUCUAUUUAGAUUUAGAAUAACUGUUCCAACUACAAUUAUUACUUUUCUAUUUUGAACUACACUGAGCUAGUUGAAGAGUAUCAGACCUUUUAAGUCAGUAUUAAAGAUGUAAAACAAU